AUGUUUUCCACCUCCCUACUCCUGGCCCUCGGCGCGACUGCCGUGGCGGCUAUUCCAUAUGAUAACAGAUCGCCAUCUUCCGGCGUUGUUCAGUGUCCGGUGGUCCUGGAGGGUCGUAUUCCUGCCUCGUCUGCUCUCACGGACUUUGACGUCGACACAUCCCUGUUCAACCCGGGCUACACCAAGGGGAACAACCUGUCCUGGAGCGACAUCCUGCUCUUCCCGGAGACCGCCAACUCCCGAUUCGACAACGCCUCGUACAAGUCCGUCGAGGUCACCAUCAGCGACGAGUCCAUCUUCCAGAAGCAGUACGGGUUCCGCCGCGCGGGCCUGCUCUUCGUCAACGACACCAACGAGGGCAGCCCGGGCUACAAGGGCCUCAAGACGCUGCACUGGAGCGUCAAGCAGGACUCGGCCCGCGCGCUUAACCUGAGCCACGAGUACCUCAAUGUCUUCCACGAGUCUGCGGACUACUCCGGGGACCAGUUCAUGUUCCAGACGGGCGCGAUGCUCGCCUACCCCGACAUGCCCUCGGACACCUUCAAGGUCUUCGACCGCAAUGCCACGCUGCUGUGGUCCACCCCAAUCGACUUCUCCGAGUGGCAAAACUUUGCCAUCACCCUGGACAUCGAUUCCAACCUUGUCAAGAUUUACUACUCGCUCGGCAACGCGGCCCUGAAAGCAGUCACCGAUUUCGUGCCUGCGGUCCUGUCGGGUCAAGGGCAGUUCCAGCUGGGAAUGAUCAAGAAGCCCACCGGCACCGAUGAUGUCGUCAACAGCGGGUUCCAGGAGUCCCCGCUUAACGAGGGCCAGAUCUACGGUGGCAUGUUCGUGGAGGACAGCACGGACGGCUGCGUGUCGCUCUAA